GGAGGAAUCAACAGCCGCCAUCUUGACGCGGCUCAGAAUCGGGAUUUCGGGGGGAGCAUUAAUUUUAAAAAACCAUCGGAGCCACCCAGACCCGGCUCAAACGGCUUUUUCCCCGGCAGAAAAUCGAAGUGUUAGUUCUUCCGCCGAGAAUUUAUCCUAACAUGUGAAGGGAACAUGUCUUUUUGUCGUCACGAAAGCCCACUGUAUAUUUGAUUUCCCUUUUAGACAGCGUCGCUGCUUACCGUAUUUCCGUCCAGAGACGCUAUAUUUAUCGAUAGACAGCAACGAAAAAAAUAUCCACCACAUAGAAAAUAUUUCGGGAAUUUUCUUUUUUUUAUUGGAGCCAAAACCUGAUUUUUUAAUCGGUCGUUUCGACAAAGAAAAAAAUGAUUACGUACAUACGCGAAACUGGCGAUCUUCUGGGGAAAGCGAUUCGCGUGCGCAUCGUUUAAUAUUUUAUAGUUGAUUUUUAUUUAUUUUUAUCGAACUGAAAUAAUUUUUGGACGUAAUUAUUGAGGAUAAUUAUGUGGGUGUUGGGUGUUGGAUUAUCAUGGGGUGAUCUUCGGUGGCGAAGCGGGGCGCUGUUGCCUUUCUUUUGAAUUACAUCUCUCCAGGCAGCGUUUCGCCUGUCUGCCAGAAAAGAAAAAAAAAAUUCUUCUAAAAUUGCUCCUUGACGUGCAGCAUUGGGAAAAGUUACCUAUUUCUAAUUGCCAGACGACGUGGAGCUGAUCCUGCUUAUAUUUUCCUGUAUCGCCAACGAUUCAUAACAUUCACCGACCAGGAUGGCUGACAAUCUGCUAGAUGCGGGACCCCCCACUGCAAAGCGACCGAAGCUUAAUUCACCCCUCUCCGGAUCAGACGGCCCAGAUCUUGUGUCACUGUUUGACCUAGAAAAUGACCUUCCAGAUGAGCUCAUCCCCAAUGGAGACAUGGGAAUGGGAAUGCCAUCCAAUGGUGGCCCCGGUGGAGGGGGCCCCGGUCUCAGCUCGGUUGUUCCUGAUGCUGCUGCCAAACACAAGCAGUUGUCUGAACUUCUACGACCAGGGAGUUCCUCAAUCUUGGGAGGUGGUCUCAAUUCUGCCAGCCCCCAACAGGGAAGCAUGGUGGGAAGUCAGCUAGGUGCUGUACUGGGUAAAGGUCCUUUAGGGCAGGGCUCCCCCAAUCACCAAUCUCCCCAGGGCCAGAAAGGAGGAGCCUCUGCUGGGCAAGGCAAUGGAAACACAGUCAUGGGCUUUAACCAGGCCAUUAUGAACAGUGGCCAGGGUCAUGGUGUCCUAGGGCAGACAGGACAGGUCAUGAAUGGAACUAUGGGACCAGCAGGCCGAGGGAGACCUGGGCCUGGCAUGCAGUACCAAGGCCAAGGCAUGCAGGGGACACAAGUAGGCGCUGGACCUGGUGUUGGAGGCAGUGUGCUGGCAGAGACUCUUACCCAAGGAGGGCCACAGAUGGCACACAAUACACUGAGUGCUCAGCAAGCUGGAAACAUGAAUAAGAUGGCGAUGUCAGGAACCCCUUUUGGACAGCAGUAUGGUCAAGCGGGAGUGCAGCAGAUGGGGACAGCAGGGGUCAAUGCCCAACAACUCCAGAACAAGACAGCCCUUUCGAACAACCUGCCCCAGUUCCCUGCUGAGUUAAAGGGACCUGGGAGUGUGCCAAAUAUGAUGCAGCAGCCAGGAGCAUCAAUGGGUAUGGUCCCUGGGGCUGGUGGUGUUUCUGGAGGCCCGACGGCUGACCCUGAGAAGCGAAAGCUUAUUCAGCAGCAGCUGGUCCUGCUGCUCCACGCACACAAGUGCCAGCGACGGGAGCAGGCCAAUGGUGAGGUCAGGGCCUGUACUUUGCCUCACUGCCGCACCAUGAAGAACGUACUCAACCACAUGACCCACUGCCAGGCUGGAAAGUCCUGCCAGGUGGCUCACUGUGCAUCAUCCAGGCAGAUCAUCUCUCACUGGAAGAACUGUACGCGGCAUGACUGUCCUGUUUGCUUGCCUUUGAAGAAUGCGAGUGACAAGAAGAAUCAGCAGCCUAUGUUGAAUUCACCUGGAGCCAGUCUACAGAAUGCCAUCAACACAGUAGGACCCGGCCAACCCAGCUCCACAGCCAUCAACAGUGCUGCUUCACACAUUGACCCCAGCUCCAUGCAGAGGGCCUAUGCAGCUCUAGGUCUCCCGUAUGGGAACCAGUCCCCUGCUCAGGUCCAGGGUCAGGGUCCAACUCAGCAAAGCCCCCAAGGCCCCCAGCAGCUGCGAAAUAUGAAUCCACUUGGCACUAAUCAAAUGAAUCCAAUGGCAGGAGGCAUGGGUACCUCUUCCUCAGACCAGACUGGAUUGCACUCUGACUCGUCUUUGCCUGCAACACUUAACAAUCAGCUGAUGCAAGAUGGAUCAGUUGUAGGCGGCAUGGGAAACCUGCCCACUGCCAGCCCUCUUUCUGCUUCAGGGGUAAGGAAGACCUGGCACGAACACGUCACUCAGGACUUGCGCAACCACCUAGUGCACAAACUUGUACAAGCCAUAUUUCCCACCCCAGACCCCGCAGCACUGAAGGACAGGCGAAUGGAGAACCUGGUGGCAUAUGCACGCAAAGUUGAGGGUGACAUGUAUGAGUCGGCGAACAGCAGGGACGAGUACUACCAUUUCUUGGCAGAAAAAAUUUACAAGAUCCAGAAGGAAUUAGAGGAGAAGAGGCGCUCACGGCUACAGAAACAACCUGGCAUGGUGGCCACAGCUGGACCUCCGCAGCCUGGUAUGCCUCAGCCCAAUACCAUGGGCCAAGGACAGGCUGUUCGGCCUUCAAAUGGACCAGCGCCUAUGACAAACAUGCCAAAUCAGAUGAUGAAUCGACUACAGGUGCCCCAAGGAAUCAGUCAGUUUAAUCCAAUGGCAAUGCAGAAUGCACAGAUGUCUCAGGCACCGAUGGGAACAAGGGCUCCUUCUCCCAUGAGCCAUCCGCAGCAGAUGAACAUGAGCUCUGUUCCAACGAUGGGGAUGUCGCCAUCAAGAAUCCCUCAGAAUCAAGGAAUGAUGGGAGGUCAUGCUAAUAAUAUGGUAUCUCAACAACCUAACCAAGGCCAAUUCCUGCCCCAGGGUCAGUUUCCUGGAGGUGCAGGUGGAGCAAUGAAUGUGAAUAUAGGCCUAGGACAGGCUAUGUCACAGGCUGCUGUUGCACAGCAACCGCAAAACUCUAACAUCCCUCUGAAUGCACUGGGCUCCCUUGGCUCCCAGCUUCCCUCUGGAGCUAGUGCCCAGCCUACCCUGGGUACUACCCCUCCACCCAAUGCCUCUGCCAGCCUUCAGCCUCAGCAGCAGCAGCUGAACCAACACCAUGCUUCCUCGCAGGCCCAAGUGCCAACGCAGCCCUCCACUCCCACCUCCGCAGUUGGACUCUCCUCCACCUCAACUCACAUACCCAGUAGCCUCCCACGUCCACCCUCAGUCAUGGGCACCCCACCUGACCCCUCCCAGCCUCUGACACCCCUGCAGCCCCAACCUGAACCUCCCAGCCAGAUGCAGCCACCCACCUCAGUGCAGGCACAGCACCCUAGCACACCGUUGUCACAGGCAGCAGCGAGUAUAGAUAACAGAGUGCCUACCCCUGGUUCUGUGGCUGAGCUGAGCUCCCAGCAGGCUCUGCCUGACAUGAGUGGUAAAGAAGCCAAAUCCAGAGUAAAAGAUGAAGAAGAUGACAGCAGCUCUGGGAAGAAAGAAAACAAUUUAAAAAUAGAGCAGGAUGAUGCAACCAAACCCACACUGGUGAAGAAAGAGGAGCCAGAUGCAGCAGAACCAAAGCAGGAACCAAUGGAAACGGAGGAGAAGAAGCCAGAGGUGAAGACAGAACCCAAAGAAGAGGAGGAGGGCGGGGCCGGCAGCACAUCAACCCCCUCUAAUGCCCAGAACCGCAGAAAAAUUUUCAAGCCAGAAGAGCUGAGGCAAGCCCUAAUGCCAACACUUGAGGCCCUCUACAGGCAAGACCCUGAGUCCCUUCCUUUUCGGCAACCUGUAGACCCGUUGCUGCUGGGUAUACCUGACUAUUUCGACAUAGUGAAGAAUCCCAUUGACUUAUCCACCAUCAAGCGCAAGCUAGAUACGGGUCAGUACCAGGAGCCGUGGCAGUAUGUGGAUGAUGUCUGGCUCAUGUUCAACAAUGCCUGGCUGUAUAACCGUAAAACAUCCCGUGUCUACAAGUACUGCACCAAGCUGGCAGAGGUGUUUGAAGCGGAAAUCGAUCCUGUCAUGCAGGGUUUGGGCUACUGUUGUGGCAGGAAGUAUGAGUUCUCACCUCAGACACUGUGCUGCUACGGCAAGCAGCUGUGUACCAUCUCCAGGGAUGGCACUUACUACAGUUACCAGAACAGUUCACCCAAAUAUGGCCUUAUUGCCGACAGGUAUCACUACUGUGAAAAGUGCUUCAACGAGAUCCAGGGCAACAGUGUGACCCUGGGGGACGACCCGGCACAACCGCAAACUAUGAUAUCGAAAGAUCAGUUUGAAAAGAAGAAAAAUGACAUGUUGGACCCUGAACCGUUUGUUGAAUGUAAAGAUUGUGGCCGAAAAAUGCAUCAGAUCUGCGUGCUGCACUACGACGUCAUUUGGCCAUCAGGUUUCAUCUGUGACAACUGUCUGAAGAAGUCUGGCAAAGCAAGAAAGGAAAACAAGUUCUCAGCCAGAAGAUUGCAGUGUACGAGGUUGGGGACAUACAUUGAGGACAGAGUGAACAAGUACUUGAAAAGGCAGAACCACCCAGAAGCUGGUGAAGUGUUUGUGCGAGUAGUUGCCAGCUCUGACAAAACUGUGGAUGUUAAACCUGGCAUGAAGUCUAGGUUUGUAGACUCAGGCGAGAUGAUGGAGAGCUUUCCUUACAGAACCAAAGCACUUUUUGCAUUUGAAGAAAUAGACGGGGUGGAUGUUUGUUUCUUUGGUAUGCACGUCCAGGAGUACGGUUCAGAGUGCUCAUUUCCAAAUACCAGGCGGGUUUACAUAUCAUACCUCGACAGUAUUCACUUUUUCAGGCCACGUUUGCUAAGGACUGCAGUGUAUCAUGAGAUCUUAAUAGGCUAUCUGGAAUAUGUGAAGAAACUUGGGUAUGUGAUGGGUCACAUCUGGGCAUGCCCACCCAGUGAAGGAGAUGACUACAUUUUCCACUGCCAUCCUCCUGACCAGAAGAUACCCAAGCCCAAGAGGCUCCAAGAGUGGUACAGAAAAAUGCUGGAGAAGGCGUUUGCUGAGAGAAUCAUACAUGAUUACAAGGACAUUUUCAAACAGGCAACAGAAGACAGGCUGACCAGUGCCUAUGAGCUGCCAUACUUUGAGGGGGACUUUUGGCCUAAUGUACUAGAGGAGAGCAUCAAGGAGCUCGAGCAAGAAGAGGAAGAAAGGAAGAAGGAAGAGAACACGGCCUCCUCUGAGUCAACAGAGGGAGCCCAAACUGACAGCAAGAAUGCCAAAAAGAAAAACAACAAGAAAACAAACAAAAACAAGAGCAGCAUCAGUCGAGCCAAUAAGAAAAAGCCUGGGAUGCCAAAUGUAGCCAAUGACCUGUCACAGAAACUUUAUGCCACAAUGGAGAAACAUAAGGAGGUGUUUUUUGUGAUCCACCUCCAUUCUGGGCCGGUCAUUAACACCUUACCACCCAUCAUAGACCCUGACCCUAUGUUAACGUGUGACCUAAUGGAUGGACGUGAUGCUUUUCUGACUUUGGCCAGGGACAAGCACUGGGAGUUCAGCUCACUUAGAAGAUGUAAGUGGAGCACAAUGUGCAUGUUGGUGGAGCUGCACAAUCAGGGCCAGGACCGCUUUGUGUACACUUGCAAUGAGUGCAAGCACCAUGUGGAGACUCGCUGGCAUUGCACCGUUUGUGAGGAUUACGACCUAUGCAUUAACUGCUACAACACUAAGGGCCAUGAGCACCAGAUGGUAAAAUGGGGUUUAGGUAUAGACGACGACAGCAAUGGUCAGGGUGGAGAGGCUUCUAAGAGCCCUCAGGAGAGUCGGCGUCUCAGUAUCCAGCGCUGCAUCCAGUCUCUGGUUCACGCCUGCCAAUGCCGCAAUGCCAACUGCUCUUUACCAUCAUGCCAGAAGAUGAAGAGGGUGGUUCAGCACACCAAAGGCUGCAAACGCAAGACCAAUGGUGGCUGUCCUGUGUGCAAGCAGCUAAUUGCUUUAUGUUGUUAUCAUGCUAAGCACUGUCAGGAGAACAAAUGUCCAGUUCCCUUCUGUCUCAACAUCAAGCACAAACUUCGUCAGCAACAGUUGCAGCACAGGCUACAACAGGCUCAAAUGAUGCGCCGCAGAAUGGCCACGAUGGCUGGAAGAGGAAUGCCCAUGCCUUCUCCACCUACCUCAGCUGCCCCUGACACCCCAAAUUCUGUGCAGCAGCCUAAUACACCCCAGACUCCCCAGCCCAUGCCUAACCAGCCCCAACCACAGCAACCACCUGCCAAUAUCGCCCAAGGAUUUCACAGCAAUGGCCGCAGCAGUCAGCCCACAACACCAGUGCCACAGGGUAAACCAGGGCCUCAGUCAUCCCCUCUCCAUCAGCAGUUAUCACCAAUGCCUAACAUGCCACACCAACAGCAGCCUCAACCUUCACAGCCGCAGCCACAACAACAGCAACUGCUGGCAGCCCUGAAGGUGGCACAACAGAUUGAGAUGGUAGCCAAGGCAAAGCAGCAACAGCCUAAUUAUGCCAUGAAUGGGAUGCCCAUGAACCACCCACGUAUGAUGGGGCCCAUGCAAAUGAUGCAGGGGUCACGGGGCCCCCAGGUAAUGCAGGCUAUGCAGCAGGGCCAGUGGGGUCCAGGAAUGCAGAAUCCCCAGGUUCAUCAGCAACAGGUCCCUCCUCAGCAAGUCCCCAUGGCCUCUCAGCAGGCUCAGGGAACCCCGAUGCCUCAGCAAGCCCAGCUCAUGCAGAGACCCAUGAUGCCCCAACAACAAGGGCUCCAAUUGUCGGGGGUCAUGCCGCCACAGGGGCCCUCACAACAAGGCAUGACACCACAGCAACAAAACAUGCCCCGAGGAAUGCCUGGCAAUAUUACUCAAAAUGCCCUUCAGGAAUUAUUGCGUACUCUGAAAUCUCCAAACUCCCCACAGCAACAACAGCAGGUCCUAAGCAUCCUCAAGUCUAACCCCCAUCUCAUGGCUGCUUUUAUUAAACAGAGGACAGCCAAGUAUCAGGCCAACCAGCCAGGGCAACAGCAGCAGCAGGUACAGCAGCCGAACCCACAAGCCAUGCUGGGUCCACAGGCAGGAAUGCAGGCCAUGGCAGCCAUGGCAAACCAGGUGCAGAGGCCAGUAAUGGCUCCUCAGCAGCAGCCUCCUCAGCCGGCAGGGCCCCAGGGUAUGGCACCCAUGGGACCUCAAGGCCAAAUGAUGAAUCCUGCUCAAAAUGGCAAUCCCCAGCUGUACCGCAGACAGCAGCUGCUCAGGAUGCAGCAGCAGGCGCAACAGCAGGGAGGCUUGUCUCAGAGUCAUGGUCAGUUCUCUCCACAGCAGCCAGGACCAGCAAGCUUCUCCCAGCUCCGUAUGCAGCAGCAAAUGGCUAUGCAAGGAGGUGGAGGACCCAUGGGACAACUCCCUCCCACAUCCCAAAUGGGCCAACCUGGUAUGGGAAUGGAUGUGCCCCAGAAUCUUCUUCAGCAGCGCAUGCUUCAGCCUCAGCAGAUGAUGAAGCAGCAGAUGGGUUCUCCAGCACAGGUUAACUCAAUGAGUCCACAACCUCACAUGCUUCAAGGCCAAGCCCAGGGAGGAGCUCAUUUACAAGGCCAGACAAUGGCAAACACCCUGGGAAACCAAGUGCGCUCCCCAGCCCCAGUGCAAUCACCCCGCCCACCUUCACAGCAGGCCCCUCAUUCCAGUUCCUCCCCACGGAUACAACUCCAGCCAUCACCUCAACAUGGUGCCCUCCAUUCGAGCUCUCCUCACCCUAGCCUUGGUCCCAUGUCAGGCUCUAUGGAGCAAGGACACAUGGGAACACCUGAGCAGAGUGCCAUGCUGCCACAACUUAACACACCAAACCGAGGGGGGUUAAGUAAUGACAUGGGUAUGGUGGGUGAUACAACAGGGGAUACACUAGAGAAAUUUGUCGAAGGAUUGUAGCAUUUUGAAACAGAAGAACGGCCUUGUUCUGUUUUCAGCUGAGACAUUUUUGUACUUACUGAUGUAAAAAAGCUAUAAGAAAUACAAACAAGUCUUAUAAGGCCUACGGACUGUGAACUUUCUUUCAUGGACUACUUUUUCCUACAACAGAGUGAUUUAAUAAUUGCUGUGGAAAAUAAAACAAGAAAGACACAAAGAAUAUAUUUUUGGUUCAGACCAGCCUUGCAAGAAUUCAACCUGGUCUUGUGUUGUUUUCAUUUGUUUUUCAUUUGUUAUGAUCUGCUAUUGACUUUUUUUUUGUAAAAAAAAAAAAAAGAAAAAAAAAACUUCUCAAAAUAUUUUUCUUUUUUUCUUUUUGUACCUUUGCAAAUGAAUAUUGUAUUUGUGUUGAGAAGUCUGUAAAAUUAUUUGCCUGAGAAUAUUUUUGCCAGGUUUCACCUCUUGUUCAAUUUACCUGUUCCUGGCUAAUUUAUUCUAAUAUAACAUUUUUGAAAAGGACUGCCUUUAGGAAAGCCUUAAUUUCUUUCCUGUUUGCAGAGUCUAAAAGGUGAUUAAUGUAUUUGUAUAGAUUUAGGAUACUCAUUGCAUACACACACAUACAGAAAACAUGCUGUUGAAAGAGAAACCUGUAUCGAAACUUGUCUAUGUUCACAGGUGCUGGAAUGUUCUUUAUACUGGCCUGGACCCAACGUUUGUCUUGCAGAUUUUCAAAAAUUGCUUUGUCUCCUUCAUUCGCAAGAAUUUGUCAUUAUGUACUGAACCUGUUUUGCCUGUGGUGGGAAAUUUAAUUGUUUGCUGAUUUGUGUUCAGAGUUGUGCAUCAUUUUCUCUCACAUUAAACUUGAAUUGUUGAGGAACUGUUCUCUAAUGUAAAUCAUGCAGCUAAACAGUACUGUAUAUAUGCUGAUAAGAAUGAAAUCACUGUAAAAACUGGUUCAAAUGGCUCAUUUCGUACUUAUAAACCAUAUUGUUAAAUAAACCUGUGUGCCACA